AUGAGUACCAAGGAGGACACCAAAUGGCUUCAGUGGGUGACGCACCAGUUUGAGACCAUUGUGGGGGAAGACCGGGAAAUCGACCUGCAAGAAUUCAAAGCAGCCCUCAAUGUGAAAGAGCCCUUCUUUGCCGAGAGGUUCUUCAAUCUGUUUGACUCGGAUGGAAGUGGCACCAUCACCCUCCAGGAGCUGCUGGAGGCGCUGACCCUGCUCAUCCACGGCAACCCCAUGGACAAACUCAAAUUCCUCUUCCAGGUGUACGACGUCGACGGCAGCGGGUCCAUCGACGUGGAUGAGCUGCGCACCGUGCUGCAGUCAUGCAUGCGCGAGAGCGCCAUCUCGCUGCCGGACGAGAAGCUGGAUCAGCUGACGCUGGCGCUCUUCGAGUCUGCCGACAAAAACUGCAACGGCGCCAUCACCUUCGACGAGCUCCGGGACGAGCUGCAGCGCUUCCCCGGCGUCAUGGAGAACCUGACGAUCAGCGCCGCCCACUGGCUGACGCCCCCCGCAGCCCAGCAGCGCCGGCGGCGUCCCCGCCUUCUGACCUCCGCCUACUGGCACAACCACUGCAGCCACCUGCUCUGCCUGACCGCCUACGCGGUCCUUCACGUGUUGCUCUUUGCGCUGGCGGCCAGCGCGCACCGGGCCCGCGGCCCCAGCGUCAUGGUGGCCAAGGGCUGCGGCCAGUGCCUCAACUUCGACUGCAGCUUCAUCGCGGUGCUGAUGCUGAGGCGGUGCCUGACAUGGCUGCGGGCUACCUGGCUGGCUCAGGUCCUGCCACUGGACUGGAAUCAGUUCCACCAGCUUAUGGGCUACGUGGUGGUUGUGCUCUCCCUGGUGCACACUGUGGCUCACGUUGUGAACUUCGUGCUUCAGGCUCAGUCCAAGGACAGCCCCUUCCGGUUCUGGGAGCUGCUGCUCACCACCAGGCCUGGCAUUGGCUGGGUCUAUGGCUCAGCCUCCCCGACCGGUGUGGCUCUGCUGCUGCUGCUGGUCCUCAUGUUUGCCUGCUCCAGCUCCUGCAUCCGGAGGAGUGGCCACUUUGAGGUGUUCUACUGGACCCAUCUGUCUUACCUCCCCAUGUGGAUUCUGCUCAUUUUGCACGGACCCAACUUCUGGAAGUGGCUGCUGGUCCCUGGCAUCCUGUUCUUCCUGGAGAAGAUCAUCGGGCUAGCAGUAUCCCGCAUGGGAGCCCUUUGCAUCGUGGAAGUCAAUCUCCUUCCCUCCAAGGUCACCCAUCUCCUCAUUGAGAGGCCCCCUCUCUUCCACUACAGGCCAGGCGACUACUUGUACCUGAACGUCCCCAGCAUCGCACGCUACGAGUGGCAUCCUUUCACCAUCAGCAGCGCUCCGGAGCAGAAAGACACCAUCUGGCUACAUGUUCGGUCCGAAGGCCACUGGACAAACAGGCUAUAUGAAUCGUUCAAGAUGUUGUGCCCCAUGGACUGUGGCUCUGGACAGCUGUCAAGGAGUCUGAGGAGGAGAAGGAGCCAGAGGGAGCCCCAGGUCUCUGAGAUGUCCUCUGAGAACCACCUGCUUUGUAACAUCAAGUGCUACAUCAGCGGCCCCUACGGAACCCCCACCCGCAGGAUCUUUGUCUCUGAGCAUGCGGUACUCAUCGGGGCAGGCAUCGGCAUCACCCCUUUUGCCUCUAUCCUACAGAGCAUCAUGUACCGGCACCAGAAGAGGAAGCACAUUUGCCCCAGCUGCCAGCACUUCUGGAUGGAUAGCAUCCAGGAUGAGGACAUGAAGCUCCGAAAGGAGGACUUCAUCUGGAUCAACCGAGACCAGCAGUCUUUUGAGUGGUUUGUGAGCCUGCUGACCAAGCUGGAGAUGGACCAGGCCGAGAUGACCCAAGAGGACCCCUUCCUGGAGCUGCACAUGUAUAUGACCUCUGCACUGGGCAAGAAUGACAUGAAGGCCAUUGGCCUGCAGAUGGCCCUCGACCUCCUGGCCAAGAAGGAGAAGAAGGACUCCAUCACAGGCCUCCAGACACGCACCCAGCCUGGGCGUCCUGACUGGAACAAGGUGUUCCAGAAGGUGGUUGCUGAGAAGAAGGGCAAGAUGCAGGUCUUCUUCUGUGGCUCCCCAGCCCUGGCCAAGGUGCUCAAGGGCCACUGUGAGCAGUUCAGCUUCAAAUUCUUCCAGGAGAACUUUUAG